GAUUAACUGAUUUACCAUGGCAACUAGAGCCGCGUACUUUUCCCCGUCGGAAGCACAAAUCCUCAUGGAGGCAUACGAGGAGGUAAAAUAUAUAAUUAAGAAGAAAGGCAACACCGCCACAGUGAUAAAGCAAAGAGAAAAAGCGUGGCAAAGUAUUGCAGACCGCCUGAAUGCAUUAAACAUGAACGGGCCAAAACGGACAUGGCAGCAGGUCAAAAUCAAAUACAAGAACAUUCUGCAGAAUGCAGUGAAAAAGAAUACCCACAGACAAGGCACGGGUGGUGGGUCACCAAAGGCUGACCUUACCCCAGCAGAGGACAUGGCCUUGGAGCUAAAUAAAGGCAGGCCCGUCUUAGAGGGGAUCCCUGGGGGGAAAGAGACGAGCAUAGGUUCCUCCCAAGAUGCCACCCGCUUCAUUCAAGUGUCUGGCAGCACUGUGUUCCUGUUAGAGCCACCAGCACAAGCACCAGACGAUGCUGAUCCAGGUGAAGGCCCCAGUGCAGCAGCAACAGCACAUGAUGGAGACGAUGAUGAGGAGGAGACCAUCUCUCUGGAUUCCAGAAGGCAUGAGGACCCAGAUGCUAUACAGUGGGAAAACCAGCCUGGCAACAUAAGCUCACAAGCUAUCAGAAAGUUGUAUGGCAACCACCUCCGGCACCAAAUAGAACUGGCAGACAUAGACAUUCAGUACAAGAAGAAAAAGAUGGAAAAUCUUGCACUGGAGUCCGAAAUAAAAAAGAGGACAAUUAGGAAACUGGACCUUGAAAUAAAAAAACUUGAGAGGGAGGUGAGAUAUGCCUUCAAUGUACACUGUAUGCUAACUGUAACACAAAUGUAUUAAUCAUUAUUUUUCUUUCCUCCCCCAGCUCCAAGAAGAUGACACAGCUCAAAAUAAAAAUUAGGUAUAUUCUCGUAAAGUCAAGUGAGCCAUGACAUAUGAGCUCUUAUUGUGAGCACACAGGACGGUGGCAUCUUUCUAAGUUUUUUUUAUUUUCCCAGCAAUCAGUACAACCAAGUCAUCGUUAUAAGGCAUCGCCCUCUUUUGCCCACCCCCCCAGCACCAGGUGUGGCCACUAGCCUAUAUGAAGGCCCAAAAUUGUGUGUUCCUUUCUGCUCUGACAAUGGCAUGCCCAUUCGUGCGAGAUGUGGUGGAUGAAGAAGCACUUGUGCUGAGGAGAGCCUUCAGGCGAGAAAGGGUCUUCAGGGACCGGUUGGACCCACUGGCCUUCCCUGAUGACCAUCUAUAUGAAAGAUACAGGUUUUCUGCAGAUGGCAUCAGGUAUCUAUGCAGACUACUGGGUCCCAGGAUUAAGCACCGCACUGCACGGAGCCAUGCACUGAGUGUGGAGCAAAUGGUUUGUGUGGCCUUGCGCUUUUUUGC